CUGAGAUAUAUGGAUUUUUGAUUCGUCCCCUGAAAUCUACAUAUCCCAAAAGGUAAUCUGAACUCUCUAUUCAGAAAACUAACUGUUCACGAUGUUUGCGAACGAAGGCAGGGGCGUAUUCAGGAGAUUCGGACGUUAGUAUGUACCAAAUACAACGCAUUAUAACAAUAUGCCCAUAUGUGUUACUUUUUCGAACGUGUUUUUGGCCUCUUGCUAAGCUCACGAUGAUAAACACACAGAAAAUUUCGACCACCAUAAUCUGACUACUCACGAUAACAGUUUGACGUAAAGUUUACUGUUAAGUGUCAACAUAUAAUCACCGUAAAAUAUUCGCAAUAAGGAUGAAGAAAAUGCAUAAAGGAAACGUAUUUUGUACGGACGUCAAUGUGGAAAAUCUACCCAAGUUUCUGAAGGAUAAGAUCAGCAAGCAGAACAAGGUUGAAGUACCCAUCACAGAUCGUUUUAAGGAUUUCGAGGACCUGUUGUUAUAUUUCCCGAAAACGCAUCACAGUGUUCAGGAAUUGAAGGUGUUCAGGACUGAUGCACAUAGGUUCGACGAUCUCAUGGAAAGAAAGCUGAAAGUUUACGAGAUUUACGAGGAAGGACAUUCCAUCAUGGAAAGAAGGGUGCAGAUCUGGGAAAUCCUGCGCCAGAUGAAAGAAUGUUUGACGAAUCAAUGGAAAGAGAUGUUGAAGAAAGAAGAGGAAUUCAAGAAUUAUUUGCUGUCUUUUCAAGAGUACUUGGUGUCGGCUGGAGAACGAUUUGAAAGGCUCAAAAAUGAUAUAAAGGAGAACAGGAUCGUGAGGAAAGCAAGGGAACUACAAAUAGAUCGUUUGAGUUUGGAAAAUUCGAGAUUGAGGAAUAUCAUUGAACGUAUGAGGAUUGACGAAGAGAAAUGUACAAUUUACGAGAAUUUCAUGAAGAAAGUGGUUAGCUGCAAAAGCAGCCAUUUCGGGAACGUGAACCAGGUUCUAGAUCAUUACGAAAUUUUAUCGCAGAGGAAGAACGUUCUGACAGAAAGGUUCCGUCGCUCUUCUAUACAAGUUUCGAGUUGGAUUUGGCAAAUGGCCAGCCUGAACGUCGAAACGAUGACAGAGUUAAGAAGGCUCACGAUGAAAUUGUACAAGUUGAAAACGCAGUACGAAAAUGCCAAACGUAAGACGUCCGAGAAGGAAAACUUCUACUCUUACACCUUGGACAGGUUGAGGCAAAAGAGGGAGGAAUUCUUGCUUUGCAAGGACGCAAUCUAUUCGUUGUACACAACGAUGUCGAAGACCUGGCCCAAGGAUUUACGCAAAGAUAAAGAAGAUUUCAUGGGACAACUGAAACACAUCUCGAUGGCCAUGUGGUCAAUGGAGAAGGUGGACCGAAGGAGUAGGUUUCUUGUUGGAUAGAUUCCUUCGCAGGAGAACAGCAAGUAGAGAAUUUUUAUUCUCUGCUUUCUUUUGUCGUUUAAUGGAUAACACUAUAUUAGAAUUAGUUUUUAGUUGACAUUCGUGAACAUUCUAUAUUUAUAGGUUUAUUAAAGUAUAUAUUACUCUA